UAAUUUUGAUGUCCGAACAGUGAAGCAGGGGGGAAAUGGCUGCAGCAGUUGCAACUCCGACUACCUCCAAGCCGAGUGUGCCAGAACAUGUAUCGCAUAAAAACCGCUUGCAAGAAUAUACCCAAAGAUCAGCCAUACCCCUGCCAAUAUAUCAAACCAUCAAUGAAGGAUCACCACAUGCUCCAAUGUUUAGAUCUACUGUCUUGGUUGAUGGUGCUGCAUAUGUAUCAGUGAAGACGUUUUCACAACGCAAAGAAGCAGAGCAGGCUGUGGCCAAACAUGCCCUUGAGCGUAUAUUGGAAAAGAUAAAGAAUGAAGGAUGCCCACUAAUUGUUGAGGAUACAAUAUUUUGCAAGUCUAUUCUUAACGAGUAUGCUGUUAAGAUGAGCCUUGAGAAGCCCUCAUAUAAGACUACGCAAUCAGAAGGACUGCUUCCAUUGUUUUUCUCUUCCUUGUCUUUCAAUGGUAAACUUUAUACUGGUAGUGCAGGCAAAAAUAAGAAAGAGGCUGAACAGCUGGCUGCUCGCACUGUUAUUCAGUCAAUUCUGGUUGAAUCUAACUCCGGAACGUGCCUUUCUGAGAUCAUCAAAUCUAAAGGAAAACUUUAUGCUGCAAUGCAUAAGAUCAAGGAUUCUGGUGCGUCUAUGAGUCAGCAAAGAGAAGUUGGAGUCCCCCUAGGAACUAAUAUUUUGCCUGCAUAUUCAGGAACAUGUCAAAGACAACUGGAUAUUGUCCCAGUUAUACUGUCACAUGUCCAUGAACUCAAAAAACCUAAACAGGAACCUUUUAGUGAAGCUAGUACCAGUUUUACUGGAGCAUUUGAACCUGUUCCUCAUGUCCAUCAGCCACUUCCAAACCAAGUACGAAAUGAAGUUCCAUUGGCACAGCCUUCUGCUGUUAAUGUUAGAGGCAGUUCCCAGGGCACAGUUGUAGUUCAAAAUGAGGUUCCAUUGGCACAGCCUUCUGCUGUUAAUGUUAGAGGCAGUUCCCAGGGCACAGUUGUAGUUCAAAAUGAGGUUCCAUUGGCACAGCCUUCUGCUGUUAAUGUUAGAGGCAGUUCCCAGGGUAUAGUUGUUCAAAGUGAAGUUCCAUUGACACAGCCUUCUGCUGUUGGAGGUAGUUCCGAGGGCACUGUUGUCACUGCAGUUGGUGUGAAACGUUCUCGCAAAAAGAACAGGAGGAGCGGAAAGAAGAGAUUCCGAAAUGACGAGUCCCAGUUUGCUAUGCACGCUAUAAAUCAGACUGCCUCAUGUUCUGUAGCCCAAUGAGCAGGGUUGGCAGUUGCUCACUCAUUUUCUGUUCCUUACUGUAAGAAAAUGCUUGCAAGCUUGAUGGCUUCAGACUCAGUUCGUAGUUAUGUUGUGGGAAAGUCUGACGGGACCUGGCAGAUUUUGCAUUGCUUGUUGAUGCAAUAGAAAUACACCUGAUGGUUUUGUGUUCAAGGAACUUCAUAUUCUCUGUUAUCGUGGUGGAUGAAUAGUAAUUAGUUUUUCUUUUUUGAUGGA